UCCUUCACUGUGGAAUUUUAUGACAGAGGGAUAGGGAAAGUUUCACAUCCCAUGUCAAAUGGCGGCGGAAUAGUCAGACAGACUAUGGAUCCUACACGUCUAAACUAUAUAAAAGUCUGAUUCACUUUUGCCUGGUGUCAAGAGAAAAACUCCUUGAUCAACAGCAUCGCUUUUUCUACUCUUCGCAAGGGCGGCGGGACAACUUCCAAAUCCAUGAAUUCUGAGAAGAGUCAGCGCAUAGGAAAUGGACAUGGGGAAAAGGUGAAAGGAAGAGUCAGGAAGAAGUCUGGACAUGCUCACAGGAAGUCUCUGAAUGACUCACUGGAGGGAGAGGUCAAGGCCUUCCUCAUAGACGAGGGCCAACUGCACACUUACGAUGACCUCACCAAAGUCAACCCCGUGACCCCAACAACAGUGCUGAAAUGUCUACAAGCCAGGUACAGGGCGAAGGUUUUCUACACCCAUGCUGGCUGUACCCUGGUGGCCCUCAACCCUUUCCAGCCAGUCCCUGACCUCUACUCCUUGGAUGUGAUGAAGGAGUACCAUUGUGCUCCACAGCCACAGGAGUCCAAACCCCACAUCUUCAUAGUUGCGAGAGGCCUACAAAGAAACGUACAAGCCAGGUAAAGAGCCGUGAACCAGUCUCUGGUGGUCAGCGGAGAGAGCGGAGCAGGAAAGACAUGGACCUCUCGUUGCCUUAUGAAGUACUAUGCCACGGUAGCAGCGUCUUCCUCUCUGCUGAAGAGUCAGGACACCGUGGAGAGGAUAGAGAAGAGGGUACUGGACUCCAACCCCAUCAUGGAGGCUUUUGGCAACGCCUGCACCUUACGAAACAACAACAGCAGCCGCUUUGGAAAGUACAUCCAGCUCCAGCUUAACCGGUCUCAGCUGCUUGUGGGGGCGUCAGUGCAAACAUACCUACUGGAGAAGACCAGGGUAGCUGGACAACCGGCUAAUGAGAGAAACUUUCACAUAUUCUACCAGAUGAUGACAGGAGGCAGCGAUGAGCAGAGGAAGGAGUGGAAGAUGUCACAUGACCAACGUUUUGCCUGGCUUCCAAAUGCUGAGAAGACAUUGGAAGAGGAUUGUUUUGAUGAGACUGUAGAGGCUAUGGUACACCUUGGCAUCAAUGCAGAGAAGCAGGGACAUAUAUUUAGGAUACUAGCAGGUCUUCUGCAGUUGGGGAACGUGACUUUCUGUUCUGCCACGGAUGAAUCGCAACCCUGUGACCUCGAGGAGAAAUCCAAAGAGUUUAUGCAGCGUUGUGCAUCGUUGCUGUGUGUCCCGGUGGAGGAACUGCAGACAUGCCUCAGGGUACGGACCCUGAGGGCAGGGAAGCAGAGUGCUCUCUUCAAGCCCUGCUCCCUGGCAGACUGCAGUGUCAGGAGGGACUGCCUCGCAAAGGUCAUCUAUGCACAAUUAUUUGAAUGGUUGGUUACGUUCAUCAACGACAGCAUAUGUGCAGACAACUCUACCUGGUGUAAUUUCAUAGGUAAAUAGGUUGUUUUCUAUUACGUAAUCUCUCC